CGGACUUCGACAAGCACUGGCUCUACUUGAUUAUCCUCUUUAUCGUGUGCAUGAGUGGAAUCCUAAUGAAUCUCCUGGUUUUAAUAGUCAGCCUAAGUCCCAGGUGUUUUUCCUUGUGUUCACAACGGGUAUUCUGACAGUUCUCUCCUACGACAGGUGCAGUGCAAUCACAGACCCUUUCAGUCGCUAUUCCGUCACCCACUCUGUCAACUCGGGAUUCCUGGUGCUCCUGGUCGCAGUCCUAUCUGUUGUGCUCUCCUCCCCCGACAUUGUCAACUCCCACGUGACUGACGCAAUCACUGAGGUUGGAUACAAAUUGCAACUCUGCUCCCUUGAAGCAAACUUCCUCUUUUUUAUGCCCUCGUUUGUCUACGUCAUUGCAAUGGUGUCAGUGUCUAUCAGCUAUUUCAAACUAGCGCGCCAUUUGUCCCGUCAAGCGACAUUUGUCAUCGCUACUGUCGCAAACCCUCAGCAGACCCAAGUCAUACAAUCUCGGAGGAUUCGAGUGGCCAAAAUGGUCCUUCUACUUGUUCUGCUAUUUUUCUUGUGCGCUACUCCUGCAAAUGUCUACGACGCUUUUUUAUUCUUCGAGCCGACAAAAGUCGACAGCCGAAUUCGAUACGCAACCAAGUUUCUCGUCUUUUUUCAUUCGACUGUGAACCCAGUCGCUGUUUUUGUGCUCAGUGGUGCACAUCGAAAGGCAUUCAUGGAACUUCAGGGUAUGAUCCGAGGAUUUCACUGGCAUCAGUUUAAAAAUCAGUACAUCGAACGGCGUCCAGAGCCGGUCUACAGAAGAGUACAAAUUGCUGUCAAACCAGGCGAUCAAAACGGAAUCCAUCUUGUUCCUCACAGGGGUUUGAACCUCGACUCGGCCGACAAAAACAUUACGGGCUCUUUUUCUGAGAAAAAGCGGCGAAUCAGCAGAAGUCUAACAGUAGGUGCAGAUCUAGAUAUGUGUUUCGAUCAGUCUUUAAAGUCGACCUACAGACAAAACAAUGCAGUGCGCAGACGAUCCGACAGUCAUAUUGCUACGACAUCCAAUGAUUGCUUAAUAUAAAUCAUUUCAAAAUCAGAAGCUAUCAAAAAAAUCUAUAUUUUGUUU